CAUCAAGAUCGGCUCAAAAAUGACACGACAUUCGCUGUCUUCAUCGGCACUGACCGUUGCCCUAUGGUUCACCACGGCGGUUGUCAGUGCCACUUGGGUAUCCGCUUCAUCCCUUGACAAUACCGGAGGUGGUGUAGCCAGCUGCCGGCUGCAGGAGACCAGCAUCCGCAUCACGCGCGAUCAUAGCGACGAUCAAGGAAGCCCCGUACGCACCUGUGAGGGCACUGUGCUCGUGAGUCGCUGCGAGGGCACCUGCGUGUCUCAGGUCCAGCCGUCCAUCACGCUACCACAUGGUUUUCUCAAGGAGUGCAACUGCUGCCGCGAGACAUACAUGAACCGACGCGAGAUUCAGCUGCAAGAUUGCUUUGACCCCAAUGGACAGAAGCUCAUGGAGCCUGACGGCAGCAUGACUAUAUUUCUUGAAGAGCCCCAAGACUGUUCCUGUCACAAAUGCGGAGGUUGAUGCAAGAAAAGCGUGGUUUCCCGAAGCGCACUUCAAAUGAUCGAAUAACGCGCGAUAUAGUGCUUAACGCAGUCACUGUUAGCACAAGCUUGCUACGUGCUUAGUGUCACAUACUGAUGCUAGCCGCCCUGAUUGCAAUGACAUGAUAGAACGAAUAUGAUCACUUUUUAUUGAUUCAAAAAAGUGAUGCUCAUCGCAAUGUAGUGGUUUUUAUUUAGCUCAAGAUAUCUUUCAUUGAUGUUCAGUGACUUCUCAACUUGACAUAAUCCAUGUAGCUUGCCAGUAAAAGUAAGAAAGAAACAUCCAGACUCGCAUCACCUACGUCUCGAUAUAAUAUGCUCAGUACCACUGCACAUUAAAAAUUGCUUACGGUGCAAUGAGCCUCAAAUAUUGCCAGACAGUCCACCUGAUUUCAAGUGUCUAGUUGUCAGCAGCAUGCUACCGUGAUGUACUUUCAUUUGUCAAUGCGCGAAAAAUAAACUUGUGAUCUUUGAAA